AUGUUACACAUCGUGAGCGCAUCGUCGCCAGUGCCCUCUGAAAUCUUUGCGCUUCUUGCGCUGCUUUCCAUCUCAGUCAUCGUCCUCUUCAUUCUGCGCCACUACCUGCCUCUACGAACCACACCGGCAUUCUAUCUUGUGCCGAUCUUUUUCGCAUUAUGGCUGCCCGCAUGCAUGGUUUUGUUAGUCCCGAUCGACCUGGCUUCGAGCGCGAGAACCGACGAUGAGGCAACCCGCGGCGUCUGGCUUCCCCAGCGCAUGCUGUUUAUUCUUCCCAUCCUGGGCGAAUACUCCGACUCUGGAUACCGCGAACCGCAAGACAGCCUCAAGUAUUCACUCCGACAGAAUGCACAGUACCACGUCAUGGUUCUCGGCACGGCUGGUGUCGGCCUUGCGUACCUCUUCAUUAGAUACCAACCUAGCAUUACGACACUCAAGACCUCUUUCAUGGCGCUUGCAUACUUUUACGGUUUGGUUUUUGCGAUAUACCUAAUGGGUCACGGUCUUGUUUCGAUACCCCGACGGCUCUUUCGAUACUCGUCUAUCAGUGGGCGACUGCGGAGAUUACAGAUUCGGGCCCCGAAGUUGUAUGAGAAGAUGGAGGACUCCCUACUGAACCUGGAGGAUGUCGAGUUGCAGGUGUCAGAGCUGGGCCGCCGAAAGACCGGAAGCGCCGUCAAGUUCAGCGAAUGGAUCGACGAGCUCGUCGAGAGCGCCAACCUUCCAGAGUCGCAUCCCAGGUCGACGAUGGGCGUGGCUGUCGAGAGCCGUUCUCUGCCGACUGUCAUUACGGAAAAGUUCAUGGCGGAUUUGUCCAGGAAAUUGAUGCGGGCUCGACAUGCGCGGUCCCGCUACGUGAACGAAUGGAACGAUCUUUUGAAGGAGGCCGCAGAGACACAAGCUAUUCUCGACUCUGCAGCCUCCAAGAAGCUCGAGUUCGGUGCGCCGUCACCCGACGCGGGAUUCUGGGACCGCUUCACCGUACAUACACCAUAUACCCGAUACCUGUACUACUAUCACGGCGAAUCGUACGGCGCCAUCUUUCUCGGAGCAUUUCUGGCGGUGGCCUCGGCCUUGAUUGUUUGGUCUGAGGUGAUUAAGGCUGCAUUCCCUCAGCUGUCAGUCAUCCGCCUUACAGUUGUUCAUCAUUGGGUCGGCGAAAAGGGCCAGGUCGGUUUCGCCGGUCAAGUUAUUUCGGUGCUCUGGCUUCUGUACAUGUGCGCAGCUACCUUUACCACCAUGACCGAGGUGAAGACGUGGCGAGGACGUGCUCUUGUCCGACGCAAUACGGCUUACGAGUCGGCUUUCUGGUACGCUGGCCAGGUCGCCAAGCUGAGCGUCCCUCUGUCCUACAACUUCAUGACAUUCUUGUCUGAAUCCAUUUACUCAAAGACACGGUUUUACGGGUUCCUCGGUCAACUCAUCGACUUCACCCCCAUGGGUCGCUGGGCCGACUACCUGUUCCCCAUCUUCGUUCUCGUCCCCGUUGCUGCCACUCUUUUCGGCCUGUAUGGCAAGAUUAAGCGCAUGUUCGGGUUCGGCGGGGACUUCAUGGAUGAUGAUGAGGGCGAUGGCAGGGUGUUUGGAACCGGGUCUUGGAGAGAGGGCAGAGACUUGAUCGAGCGUGAACUAGGCGGUAACUCUGCCUUGCGACGACGAGAGGAAGCUUUUGCACGGCUUGAAGUUGGCGGAAGGUCCGCACCUGUUUUGACCAUCCCAGGGGCACGCACUGGCGCGGCAGCGUCUCCAGCGAGGUCGCCUGUUGGGGCCACGCAUGAUCGCCAGCCUGGACAAGCGUCUCGCACAAGACCGUACCAGGACGAGGAGCCCGAAGACGAAAACUUCUUUGAGUCUCUCGGUCACCGCAUGAAGAACACAAUUGACACGUUCGAGGCCCCGCAAUGGUUCCAGGACAUCAAGAAGCCCAAAUGGAUGGGUGGCGAUGACGACGAACCAGGCAGCAGCAGCAACGGUGGUGGUGUCGAGUCAGACAUUCGCCGAUGGUUUGGCGGAGAAGGCCGCGUAAGACUGUAA